AUGACCCCACUCUCUCCGUCUUCAGGUCCCACUCUUUCCGUCUUCAGACCCCACUCUCUCCGUCUUCAGACCCCACUCUCUCCGUCUUCAGACCCCACUCUCCGUCUUCAGGUCCCACUCUCUCCGUCUUCAGACCCCACUCUCUCCGUCUUCAGACACCACUCUCUCCGUCUUCAGACCCCACUCUCUCCGUCUUCAGACCCCACUCUCUCCGUCUUUAAGCCCCCACUCUCUCCGUCAACAGACCCCACUCUCUCCGUCUUCAGACCCCACUCUCUCCGUCUUCAGACCCCACUCUCUCCGUCCUCAGACCCCACUCUCUCCGUCUUCAGACACCACUCUCUCCGUCUUCAGACCCCACUCUCUCCGUCUUCAGACCCCACUCUCUCCGUCUUCAGACCCCACUCUCUCCGUCUUCAGACCCCACUCUCUCCGUCUUUAAGCCCCCACUCUCUCCGUCAACAGACCCCACUCUCUCCGUCUUCAGACCCCACUCUCUCCGUCUUCAGACACCACUCUCUCCGUCUUCAGACCCCACUCUCUCCGUCUUCAGACCCCACUCUCUCCGUCUUCAGACCCCACUCUCUCCGUCUUCAGACACCACUCUCUCCGUCUUCAGACCCCACUCUCUCCGUCUUCAGACCCCACUCUCUCCGUCUUCAGACCCCACUCUCUCCGUCCUCAGACCCCACUCUCUCCGUCUUCAGACACCACUCUCUCCGUCUUCAGACCCCACUCUCUCCGUCUUCAGACCCCACUCUCUCCGUCUUCAGGACCCACUCUCUCCGUCUUCAGACCCCACUCUCUCCGUCCUCAGACCCCACUCUCUCCGUCUUCAGACCCCACUCUCUCCGUCUUCAGACACCACUCUCUCCGUCUUCAGACCCCACUCUCUCCGUCUUCAGACCCCACUCUCUCCGUCUUCAGACCCCACUCUCUCCGUCUUCAGACCCCACUCUCUCCGUCUUUAAGCCCCCACUCUCUCCGUCAACAGACCCCACUCUCUCCGUCUUCAGACCCCACUCUCUCCGUCUUCAGACACCACUCUCUCCGUCUUCAGACCCCACUCUCUCCGUCUUCAGACCCCACUCUCUCCGUCUUCAGACCCCACUCUCUCCGUCUUCAGACACCACUCUCUCCGUCUUCAGACCCCACUCUCUCCGUCUUCAGACCCCACUCUCUCCGUCUUCAGACCCCACUCUCUCCGUCCUCAGACCCCACUCUCUCCGUCUUCAGACCCCACUCUCUCCGUCCUCAGACCCCACUCUCUCCGUCUUCAGACCCCACUCUCUCCGUCUUCAGACCCCACUCACUCCGACCCACUCUCUCCGUCUUCAGACCCCACUCUCUCCGUCAACAGACCCCACUCUCUCUCACUCUCUCCGUCUUCAGACCCCACUCACUCCGUCUUCAGACACCACUCACUCCGUCUUCAGACCCCACUCUCUCCGUCUUCAGGACCCACUCUCUCCGUCUUCAGACCCCACUCUCUCCGUCAUCAGACCCCACUCUCUCCGUCUUCAGACCCCACUCUCUCCGUCUUCAGACCCCACUCUCUCCGUCUUCAGACACCACUCUCUCCGUCUUCAGACCCCACUCUCUCCGUCUUCAGACCCCACUCUCUCCGUCUUCAGACACCACUCUCUCCGUCUUCAGACCCCACUCUCUCCGUCUUCAGACCCCACUCUCUCCGUCUUCAGACCCCACUCUCUCCGUCUUCAGACCCCACUCUCUCCGUCUUCAGACCCCACUCUCUCCGUCUUCAGACACCACUCUCUCCGUCUUCAGACCCCACUCUCUCCGUCUUUAAGCCCCCACUCUCUCCGUCUUCAGACCCCACUCUCUCCGUCUUCAGACCCCACUCUCUCCGUCUUCAGACCCCACUCACUCCGUCUUCAGACCCCACUCUCUCCGUCUUCAGACACCACUCUCUCCGUCUUCAGACACCACUCUCUCCGUCUUCAGACCCCACUCUCUCCGUCUUCAGACCCCACUCUCUCCGUCUUCAGACACCACUCUCUCCGUCUUCAGACCCCACUCUCUCCGUCCUCAGACACCACUCUCUCCGUCUUCAGACCCCACUCUCUCCGUCUUCAGACCCCACUCUCUCCGUCUUCAGACCCCACUCUCUCCAUCUUCAGACCCCUCUCUCUCGGUCUUCUGCAGGGAACAGCUGGGAACGUCGGCUUCUGCAGAAUCACACCAUCACUUAUUCCGACAUACAGGAAUCUAGGCCGUUACUACAGCAACCACCGGGGCAGCGAGCGCAGCGAGCACAGCGAUGCCAGCGCAAACACACUUAACGUUGAACCAAUACUGCGUUUUGGGAGAGGCUCAGGACAAACUUUGUCGGUCAACGCUCACAACAAGGGCUGA